CACAAAGUAAUCAUUGUGGGUCUGGAUAAUGCCGGAAAAACGACGAUUCUUUAUCAGUUCUCCAUGAACGAAGUGGUGCACACCUCGCCCACCAUCGGCAGUAACGUGGAGGAGAUCGUGGUGAACAACACGCGCUUCCUCAUGUGGGAUAUCGGAGGGCAGGAGUCUCUCCGGUCCUCGUGGAACACCUACUACACAAACACCGAGUUUGUGAUAGUUGUUGUGGACAGCACAGACCGAGAGAGAAUUUCGGUGACUAAAGAAGAACUUUAUAAAAUGUUGGCACAUGAGGACUUAAAAAAAGCAGGUUUGCUGAUCUUUGCUAACAAGCAAGAUGUUAAAGAGUGUAUGACAGUAGCGGAAAUAUCUCAGUUUCUGAAACUGACUUCAAUUAAGGAUCACCAGUGGCACAUUCAGGCGUGCUGUGCUCUAACUGGAGAGGGACUCUGCCAAGGACUCGAAUGGAUGAUGUCAAGACUUAAGAUCAGAUGAUUUUUAAUGACCUCUUUGCACACACGUUGCUUACGAAGAGCUGUACCCAUGAGUACCUUCACAGUGGCAGAAUUAAUGGGUUAGAUGUAUUUAUACUGAACCGAUUUCGACUUUAUUUUCUACAUAGAUGCACACACACAUACGUGUAUAUAAAUUAAGACCAUUCGGCAAAAGGAAAGAUGCAGUGGAGGCUCCAGUUUGGUUUCCUGUUUGUUUUCCUCUGAGGAUGCGUCUAAAAGCUGUGAUCAACCUUCUUUUCAAGAUACAGCCACUCGGAACAGUCCAGUGCUGAGCGUGGUGAAGAUGAAGUGAGAGGAAGAAGCUUUUAAUUUUGAGUUUUAUUAUUCCAUUGUAGUCCUCUCUAGUUGCAGAUGUCGGCUUCAUUAUUCCAGUAAAUUAGCAAAAAAAUCAAUGGCAUAGAUAUCAACUUUCCAGUAUUUUUAAGGUUACCGAUGUUACAAAUGCAAAAAUAUUUUCCUGUAUGUGUACUGUAUAUAGUUGUGUAUAUUUAUACCUCAAGUUUAGGUUGAUUGCAAUCUGUUCAGACCAGUGUGUAAAGCGGAAUCAGUAUGUCGAUGACAGCAGUACUAAUAUUUGACAUGGCCAACAUGUCACAACUUCUUUUCCCGUGUGAUCUGUGUGGCUGUCACGCCAGUCAG